GACAGAAUGCACAGCAUCAAGCCAGCGACAGCAGAAAGUGCAGUCGAACCGAGAGGACCUGUGUCGCCGACGGGCUGAUAACCACUGCACGGAUGCCUGGUCCAUAACGGAUAUCACACUGAAUUUGCUUUAAUUUCAUCGUAUGAUUUAGCUGUAGGACGCUGAAUAACAACCGUUCUUUUUCUCCGAAUCGCGCCAUCGCAGUUGGUCUUUCAUUCGGAGGGCUUGCCCUUUCUCCGGGAGUCUGGAUGGAAGCAGCACUGCCAGUAGCUGAGGGAGCGGUUGGGCUGUCAGAGGCCAGGGAAGCGAGUCCUUUUUCCGGGGCCACAGCAUCCGAGGAUGCGGACACUGUCAUUGGAGUAAGCUAUGGAAUGGAUAGCGACUUCGAUUUUUCUGCUAGAAAAGCACACAUCACUGAGCUGCCUGGUGUCUCAGGCCUACCAGGCCAGGGGAAGAGGAUGGGCCACAGGGGAGUGGACGCGUCCGGAGAGACCACCUACAAGAAGACCACGUCGUCUGCCCUGAAAGGUGCCAUCCAGCUGGGCAUCGGCUACACAGUGGGCAACCUGAGCUCCAAGCCUGAGAGAGACGUCCUCAUGCAGGACUUCUAUGUGGUGGAGAGCGUCUUCUUUCCCAGUGAAGGCAGCAACCUGACUCCAGCCCACCACUUCCCAGACUUCCGUUUUAAAACGUACGCUCCCGUGGCCUUCCGUUACUUCAGGGAGCUCUUUGGGAUCAGGCCCGAUGACUACCUGUACUCCCUGUGUAACGAGCCCCUGAUUGAGCUGUCCAACCCCGGGGCCAGUGGCUCUGUGUUCUACCUGACCAAGGACGAUGAGUUCAUCAUCAAGACCGUUAUGCACAAGGAGGCAGAGUUUCUACAGAAGCUGCUGCCUGGCUACUACAUGAACCUCAACCAGAACCCUCGUACCCUGCUCCCCAAGUUCUUUGGCCUGUACUGCAUCCAGUCUGGCGGUAAGAACAUCCGCAUGGUGGUCAUGAACAACGUUCUACCGCGCGCCGUCCGCAUGCACCUCAAGUUCGACCUGAAGGGCUCCACGUACAAACGCUGUGCCUCCAAGAAGGAGAGACAGAAGGCCAAGCCCACCUUCAAAGACCUGGACUUCAUGCAGGACCUGCAGGAUGGCCUGAUGCUGGACCAGGAUAUGUACAGCGCUCUGGUCAAGACACUGCAGAGAGACUGUCUGGUGCUGGAGAGCUUUAAGAUCAUGGACUACAGCUUGCUGCUGGGGGUCCAUAACAUCGACCAGGCAGAGCGGGAGCAGCAGAUGGAGGGAGGAGAGAAGGAUGAGAAGAGGCCCGUGGCCCAGAAGGCCCUCUACUCCACUGCCAUGGAGUCCAUCCAGGGAGGGGCCGCCUGCGGAGAGUCUAUCGACACCGAUGACACGAUGGGCGGCAUCCCUGCAGUCAACGCGAAAGGAGAGCGUCUACUCCUCUACAUCGGAAUCAUCGACAUCCUGCAAUCCUACAGGUUAAUAAAGAAACUGGAGCACACGUGGAAGGCUUUGGUUCACGAUGGGGACACCGUAUCAGUCCAUCGGCCUGGCUUCUAUGCAGACAGGUUCUUCAAAUUCAUGAGCAGCAAUGUGUUCAAGAAGAGCUCCUCCUUGAAGUCUUCUCCGAUUAAGAAGGGUCGUGUGGGCCUGACGGUGCCUAAGUACACCGGCCCUGGAGCCGCCUGGUCAGCCAGCCAGUUGCCCUCGGAGGGAGACGAUAACAUAUAUGACCUGAGAGGAGCACGCAGCUUCCCCACACUGGAGGACGAGGGGCGACCAGACCUUCUACCCUGCACCCCUCCGUCGUUUGAGGAGGCGACCACGGCCUCCAUCGCCACCACGCUCUCCUCCACCACCUCUCUGUCCAUCCCAGAGAGGUCUCCCUCAGAUGCUGGAGCAGAGAACCCCCGCUACAGGUACCAGAACAACAGCUCUGAGAGAAGGAGGCACACCCAGUCUGUCAGCCAUGACGGGAGGACCCAGGAGGAGGUGCGUGAGGAGGAGCAGCAGACCAUCACGGUGGAGGUGGAGGUGAAGAGACAUGACAGCGAGCCCAUCAUCACGGCCCCACAGCCAUCUCCAGAGACCAGUGAGAUACCAGAGGUAGCUGAGGCUUCUGCUGAUGUUGUUGCCCCACCCUCCACCUCUCCCCCGGCUCCUGAGGCCUCUGCUGCUGAGGCCCCUGACCCAGAGGCCCCUGCCAGUUCCAGGUUGGUGGUGGUGGAGGUUGAGGGGGACCGCCGGGGCAGCAUGGUGUCAGGGUCCGGCUGCACCAGCCAAGCCUCCCAGGACGACGAGGAUGACGUAACAAUCACAGACAUCUACUUUCCCCCAGAGGACAGGACCUGGGUGUACUCCCCUCUGCACUAUGGCAGUGAGUCUAAUACCUUGCCGGAUGGGGAGGAGAGCGAGACAUAAACACUCCUCCAUAGACCUGAGAGGAGAAUGACUCUGUGGAGAGAGGAGCCAUCAGAUUGAUCCCCAGGCCUUUGAGUGGCAGGCAGCAGAAUGAUUCUAGUCCUGUCCUGUAUUUUAAACCAUGGAUACAAAAGCAGAACAGACGAAAUACUGUGAGGAAACCCCCCUAGACAUCCCGUUAUCAUUGUGUUGAUGAUAUGAUCCAUUCCUCUCCUUUCACCCCACCUCAACCAAAAAUGACCCUACCAUGAUAAAACAGGGCCUCAAAUGGCUAUGCUACGUCUAGCAUGCCCCAUGAGAACAGGGGCGUUGAGUCGUCUCUGUUACUCGCCACACAUUCCCAACGGUUGAUUAAGUCAAAUGGUCACAUGUAUUUUAUUGAUAUUGAUAGCUUUUUCUUUGUUUUUAGUUUAGUUUCUUUAUUUUCUGAACUUUUUUCACCACUUUAUUUAUUUUCAUAAACAGAAAAGAUUAUUGCUAGACUGUGUUUCACAAAACGUGAUUUUGUGCAUAUUUAUAAGCCUACUGUAUUAUUUGACAGGUUUAUUUUUUAGUUGUCAAGUAUUUAUUUUGACAUUUCUAUCACAGUAUUGCUACACUUCCCAUACACUCCUGCUGAAUGCACCUCUCAUGAGUCUCCAAGCCUCAAAACCAGAUCAUUGCAACACUAACUAAUGUUGAGACAUUGUCUAUCAUUUCAGAAUCCUACAUCAUUACAAUGUCUUCCAGGACCACCCAGCUUUUGGAUAAAUGCAACAACAACAAACAAUUCCAAGCAUAAUGAGUUAUUGAGUUCUCUUAAUAUGAAAUGAAAUGCCAACAGUUUAGCAAUCAAACUUUGGCUCUGGAUUUGAGCUCUGCUGGACAUGGGUAUUAGCCAGGCUAGUAGGCUAACUCAAAGUCCUCCUGACUUCAGAGUGUGGAAAGGCUAUUUUGACGUCGGCACGAUGCGACGAUAAGGAAGGGGAUGUGCUUGUUUUACUGAUUGGUUCUCUUCUGUAUUUUUCUCAUUCCAACACCCACAUGGACAGCCAUUCACAGCUCUCCAAUACAACUGUUGAAUUUUCAAAUCCAAACAACAUGAGGGCUCAACCUCCCCAGGAAAAAAAAGAAAGAAAAAAAAAGUUUGAGAGAACCAAUCAAAACUCAGUACAUUCAGGAGCACAUCUCUGUACAAAUACUGCAUUUACAAUGGCCUCCUUUCCAGACCAGUGUGUCACAGCUCUCCCUUGCUGUGAGUCACUUGAGUCGGAUCAGCCAGGCUAGUGACCUUAGGCUAAUGGAUUGGAUUACUUAGGACAAAUAACAAUAUCAUAUCAUGGCCAGAAUUAAUUCAUACUUCUGUUAUUUAGUAAGGGUUAAUCAGAAAGGGAAUUCAGGCUGCACUUUAUGUAUUAACCAUCAUUAGAUGUGAAAGUGACAUCUUUAUCACAAUCCUCUGGCAUAGGAUUCAUGUUUUUUAGUCUUCAUGUGGAUUACAUGUUUUAAGAUUUAAGUUAAAUUUUUAACAGUUUUAUUGCUCUUUUUCUGUUUCACACUUGGCUGUUUAAAUUAAAGUUGGUGUGUUUGUAUGUCUGUAUGUGAGGCAAGGUGUCAGAACUUGUAAAAUACUUAUGUGCAGUGGCCAGUUAAUCAGUUGUUAAUGUCAUCAAGAGACCAUAGCAGCAAUAUUUUCUACAGUUCAGUAGUUACUUUUAAUUGCCUUAAAUAGACAUUAAAUUUUAAAUAUUGAUUCGAUUUUUCAUUCUAGUGCUGUUGUAUUUAUUAAUUUCAAGUCAUUUGUUCAAUCCCGUGGUUGUGCUCCUGAGAAUGUGUAUAUAGAAUUAUAAAUACAUAUAUUAUAAGAUAUAAAUAUAUUUUCAAUUUGAAUUGGAGAAUAUUAUUUUUAUUUGAUUAAAUUUUUUGCUGCCGGCAAGAAAAGAUGAAGAGCAACACAUGAAUUACUGUACCAUAUGUUUUAAUGAGCUGACAAAAUGCAGCUCUAUUUAUGGUGUAUAAAUCACUGCUGUCUCUGUAUGAUAUCUGUAACUGAAGAGUUUUACUGUACAUGCACAUCAGUAGGGGUUCUUCCAACAGUUUAGCUGUAUUUGUGUGUGUGUGUGUGUGUGUGUGUGUGUGUGUGUGUGUGUGUGUGUGUGUUUUCAAAUCGCUAUGUGCCCUCACUUAGGGAGUCCUUUACAGAGACAGCAUGAUUUAAAAAUGAAUAUGCAUAUCAGAAAUAUGUCUAGUGCAUUGGGAAAGUAUUCAGACCCCUUGACUUUUUCCACUUUUUGUUUACGUUACAGCCUUAUUCUAAAAUAUAUUUUUCAAAAUGUAACCCUCAAUAUACACACAAUACCUCAUAAUGACAAAGAAAAAACUGGUGUUUAGACAUUUUUGCAAGUGUAUAUCAAUUUUAAAAAACUAUCACAUUUACAUCAUUAUUUAGACCCUUUACUCAAUACUUUGUUCAAGCCCCUUUGGCAGUGAUUACAGUGUUGAGUCUUCUUUGGUAUGACGCUACAAGCUUGGCACACCUGUAUUUGGUGAGUUUCUCCCAUUCUUCUCUGCACAUCCUCUCUGUCAGGAUGGAUGGGGAGCUCUGGCUGGGCCACUCAAGGACAUUCAGAGACUUGUCCCGAAGCCACUCCUGCGCUGUCUUGGCUGUGUGCUUAGGGCUGUCCUGUUUGAAGGUGAACCUUCGCCCCCAGUCUGAAGUCCUGAGCGCUCUGGAGCAGGUUUUCAUCAAGGAUCUCUCUGUACUUUGCUCUGUUCAUCUUUCCCUCGAUCCUGACUAGUCCCUCAGUCCAUGCCACUGAAAAACAUCCCCACAGCAUGAUGCUGCCACCACCAUGCUUCACCGUAGGGAUGGUGCCAGUUUCCUCCAGAUGUGACGCUUGGCAUUCAGGCCAAAGAGUUCCAUCUUGGAUUCAUCAGACCAGAGAAUCUUGUUUCUCGUGGUCAGAGUCCUUUAGGUGCCUUUCGGCAAACUCCAAGCGGGCUGUCAUGUGCCAUUUACUGAGGAAUGACUUCUGUCUGGCCUGAUUGGUGGAGUGCUGCAGAGAUGGUUGUCCUUCUGGAAGGUUCUCCCAUCUCCACAGAGGAACUCUGAAGCUCUGUCAAAGUGACCAUCGGGUUCUUGGUCACUCCAAUCAUGUUGUAGAAACAUCUCAAGGAUGAUCAAUGAAACAGGAUGCACCUGAUCUCAAUUUUGAACAAAGGGUCUGAAUACUUAAGUUAUUUCUGUUUAUUUUUAAUAUAUUUGCUAAAAUCAACCUGUUUAUGCUUUGUCAUCAUGGGGUAUUGUGUGUAGAUUGAUGAAAAACAAUCAAUUUUACAAUAAGGUUGUAACGUAACAAAAUGUGGAAAAAGUUAAGGGGUCUGAAUACUUUCCAAAUGCACUGUAUAUCUGUGUAUAUUCAUCUAUUUAUACAUGAGGAUAAAUAGGUGUGUGUGUGUGGACUGUGUGUUUGGACUCAAUAAAGCAGUUAUAUGUCUAUGAAAUAGAGUAUUUGCCCAUGUUUCCAAAGUUGUGUGUGUCUGUAAUUCCAUGUCUAUAUAGCUAAUGUUGGCAAGCAGGGAAUUCCCUCCAUGUGUCUCUCGUGCUACUGUUCAGCGUAUGCUGUGAAAAACAAUCUUCAUUGUGAUGUGCUUGAUUUUCGUGUGGCCUUUUCCCCUUAGCUUGCAAUAAAGCACACAGAAGAUACAUUUUAAGAGAAGCAUAUUGACCUGCUUAGUAUAGAAUUCAACUUUUCAACUGGUGAGAAUAGCAACAUGAUGUUCAAGGCACAGUACUCAAAAAUAUCUUUGAUUUAUGACAUCUUAUCUGAGCAGUACUGGUGAAUGAGGGAGGUAAAGAACAUGUUUCAUAACAACACUCAGGAAAAUGUUACUGUAGUUGGUCCUCAUCACUACAGAAACGUUUCUGAGGUUACCAGUGAGUCACUUGUCAACUGAGCUGAUUAUUAUGCUAAACCACAAAUGAAGUUCAUUACUAGACUGGUGGUUACACUUUUAAGUAGGAGGCCUACAGCUAUAACAAUACAAUUGAAUAGUAGGAAAGUGUUUAAAUAUGUUAUGCAAUCAUGGUUUUAUUAUGUCAAAAUUAUGAGGUUCUUAUGAAAUAUUUUGACAUGCAUUGAUCCUUAAUUAGUCUGUUCUAAUGAAAUGUAAUACAUGUUCUCAACAGUUGUUUGCACCGUUACCUGCCCAUAUUGUGGCUAUAUAAUCUUUAUUUUGAUUGUCUUUUUAAAUUGAAUUUUCUCAUUGGUAUUUUGCUUGAAUGUUUUAGAUAAGAGAAAAUAUGCCCUGUGACAGUGCCAUUCCAUUAAAACAUUGAGCUAUAUAUCUGAGACCAGUGACAUUAAAAUGUCUUGUCAAAUGUCUGGUCCCGUGUGUCUCAGUUGGUAAAGCAUGCCGCUUGCAACGCCAGGGUUUUAGGUUGAUUCCCACGGGGGACCAGUAAGAAAAUGUAUACAUUCAGUACUGUAAAUCGCUCUAGAUAAGAGCGUCUGAUAAAUUUCUGAAAUGUAACCAAAAGAAACUGUCAAAGCGCUGGGAUGAUUCAAUUGUAUGUCCUUCUCUUAAUUUAUAUGUCAAUAAAAAGUUGCGGAAAAACAAAUUAAGUAAAACAAAAUCAUUUUUAAAACGAAUACCAACAUGUCUAUUUAUGUCAAUGCAUUCACUACUGUAAAUCGCUCUGGAUAAGAGCGUCUGAUAAAUUACUAAAAUGUAACUAAAAUAAACGGUCAAAGUGCUGGGAUGAUUCAAUUGUAUGUCAUUCUCUUAAUUUACAUGUCAAUAAAAAAAAACGAAUACCAA